GAAGGAGGGGGAGUCCUGUCCAGAGUCCUGUCUGAGGACGAAGGUGCAGCGGUGUCUUGUAAACCUGUUGAAGCCCUGUCGUUCUGUUCACUCUGCCUCUCAGACCCUCAGCAGGCAGAUCUGGUGGAGCAGGUUAAUUCCUAGUCGUCGCAGACGCAGAGGAUGCUGGACCCCCUGAUGGAUCACUGCCAGUUACACUUCAUGCAGAUCCUAACCCUGUGACUUUGCUGUCCAGCGUGCAGAAGGCUAACUAGAGGCUUCUACGUUGUUUACUGUUUUUUCAGCCCUGCACGCUGGACUUUAGUCAUAUUAAAGACUGGCGUGAAACUCAUCAUGAAGCUGGACGGCAUCGGUAAACUAAUCUCUACUGUAGAACAGAGUCAGAACCCAUUAAACUCAAAUGAAAGACAGACAGGCAGCUGCCGAUGCUGAGGGUCAAACGUGCAACCACAGCAGCUGCUAAUGACUGGUCCUAUUUUCUGUGCAGAGGGGCUGAAUGAAAUCCGUCCGUUCGCUUACAGAGCUGCCAUGAAGCUUCGAUCCCUGCAGAAACUCUGUAACAUGGACGUUGUGUCCGUUCGACACAUUAUGGCGGCUGUCCGCUCGGUGGGCGGGACUCAGCAGCAGGACGUGGGGCUGAACUGGGAGGACGUGACCUUGACUCUUAACAGAAUGUUUCACAUUGUGUCACAGGAAGUGCCGAGUCAUGUGACUGCGGAGGCUCCAGAGGAGUCCUGCAGCCUGAUGUUCAGGCUCUACGACCGGACUCAGACUGGCUCUGUAUCUGCUGGUUCUCUCCAGACUGCUCUGAUCGCUCUGUCUUCAGACACUCUGCUGGAAAAAUACAGAGCUCUGGUGAGUGUUUCAGAGAACGGUUCAGGAUCCGUCAGCAGGUCUGGACUCAGGUCCUUACUGCAGGACCUCAGCCAGGUUCCAGCGGCGGUGCAGGAGGAAGUAGUUUUUGGCGGCGUGGAGGCGGCGGUGAGGUCGUGUUUUAACGGGGUGUUGACUCCGACAGCGAGUGAAGAACACGUGUUGUCAUGGCUGCGCAGUGAGCCACGCCUGCUGCUAUGGUUACCCAGUCUGUACCGGCUGUCUGUCAGUCAGAACGUCAGUCACACAGUGCGCUGCCACACCUGCAAGACCCUCCCCAUCACCGGACUCAGGUAUCGCUGUAUGAAGUGUGUGAACGUCCAUGUGUGUCAGAGCUGCUUCCUGAGCGACCGACAGACGAGGAAACACAAAACCCACCAUCCAGUGCUGGAGUUCUGCACACAGCCGACCUGGAGGGAGUCUCUGAGCUCACUAGUGCACAGCGCUCGUCACACCCUGUUGCCACGGCGAUACAAUCAGAGGGAGGCCGAUAGGAGGAGGGUCCUGAUGUGGGCGGAGCCAGGGGAGAGACAGAACAGUGCUCCGACCUCUUCUGACGCCGCAACACAAUUGGCUGACUCAGCUGUCUGUCACAGUCGCUCCUCCGACAGAGAUGUUUCCCAUGAUGCCUCAGUGCGACCUCCCCCCUGCCCGUCUUCGUCCAAAGCUCUGCAGACUGACGAGGAGACGCCGACUCAGCAGUCGAAGGCGUCGGCCCUGCUGACUGAGGUCAGAAACCUGCAGAGAGACAAAUGGCUGUUGGAGCGGGAGAUGCAGGUGCUGCGGCUCACCGUCCAAUCGGAGCAGGGCAUCUUGGAGGACAGGUGCUCGGAGAUGGAGGUAACAAUGGAAACACUGAGACAACACAACGUCCGUCUGCAGGGUAUGCUCACACAGGCUUUAAACAAGAUGGAGGCUCAACAACAUGCCAACAACACGCCACACAGCGUCGACACGGAGAGAGAUGAGGUCAAGCCUGAGGAGGAUAAAGAGGAUGAAGUGUUGAUGAAGGACGAGUGGAGCGAGGACAAACUACAAACUCAGUCUCCCACAAUCCACCAGGGCUUGCCCCCAUCACAUGACAUCCACUGUCAGGAGGAAGAGGAGGGGUCUGCAGGUGACAGGUGUCUCUGUCGUCCAAUACGACGAGAGGAUGGACCGGCGGCGGCAUGUCUACAGGAAGAAGAGACCUGUCUGUCUGGAGAAGAGGAGGAUAAUUAUGGGAUGUGUAGUCCAGAGGAGCUGCUGCAGGAGACAGUAGACAGACUGAAGACCGUGAUGGAGACAGACAGGUGGAGAGAGAGAGACACAGGUGAGAUACAGACAGGUGAGAGGAAGAGGGCGGAGCUUCUGGAGGCUGCAGACCAAGUGGGAGACUCGGUACACCACUUGGUUGAUGCGGUCAGAACAAACACAAACUGACCAGGCCAGUCACAUUCAGGUUAUAAAAACUGUUUAUUCAAUAUUAACUUAUUGAUAAUUAAAUAAACUUAAGUGUAAAGGUAGAAAAAAUUCUGAUAUCAACAUGAGACAGAGACAUCGUCUGAUAUUAACGAAACAACAUCAGCACCUGUAGAACAGGUACGAGAGGCCAUCACACCUGACACACACAACUUCCAUUUGUGUUUACUGUUAUAGAAACAUACAGCUGCCAAAAUUAUUAUAAAAUCAAUUAAUGAAAUUGAAGUCUAAUUUUCCAUUUGUGUGCACAGGAUGUAGUUUUGAAAAAAAUAAAAUUCUAAAAUCCAACUUUCAUUUUUAUUCUCAUGA